AAAUGGCUCUACUACUGUUAUUAUAAAGGAUUUGAAAGAACCUGAAAAAAUUGAUAAGAAAAUAAAUGAAAGGGGAGAGAAAAAUUAUGGAUAUAUUUAUCCUAUACUGAGAGAAGUGAAGCUUCCAGAAGUUAAUGGUGAAAAUGAUUACAAAAAAAAUAUUCGAGCUCUGAAUGAUAAUUUUAACACGAUUAUUAAAUAUUAUUCAAAAAAAGCAAAGAAAAUUUUAAAGAAGCUGUGUGAGCUAUUUGAUGGUAUUAAACUAGGAGAAAUAUAUGCAUCAAAUAGUAUAAUUCGCCUUAUG